AAUUUUUUCAUUCUUUCUUACUUGAACGACACGAGAAGACACGUGUUUACCAAAUGGCUCCUGUUGAAAAGAGUGUAAAAAAGGCUCCCGUAAAGGGAAAAAAGCCAUCAAAGUUCCGUAAAACCACCAACUACGAUCUGAGCGGUGGAAUAAUGAGAUAUUCGCGUCACCAACAAUAUAAACGCAAGGCAUUGUGGCGUCAAAAAGCAACACUGAAACCGAAGGUUCAGGUCCCGAAGAAGCCAUUGACAGUCGUCAAGGAAAUUGGCGGCGCUCACAAUGGUGGAAAACGUGUCGUGCAAUUACGCAAAAACAAGGCCAACUACCCAACCAAAGCAUUGGUUACAGACCGCCCAACCAAGGGAUGCUUCAAGCUACAUAAACGAAACACGCGUCAAUCAUUGAUUCCCGGUCGUGUUGUUAUUGUGGUUGCCGGAAAGCAUAAGGGAAAACGUGUUGUUGUGCUCAAGGUUCUUCAAUCUGGUUUGUUGUUGAUCACCGGACCAUUCUCGUUGAACUCCUGCCCAAUUCGUCGCAUUUCCCAACGCUAUGUUAUUGCCACCCAGACCCGCAUUAAUAUGGAGAAAGUCGUCAUUCCCGAUCACAUCAACGAUGCUUACUUCAAACGAGAACAGAAGAAGAAGCGCAACCGUGGUGAAGGCGAAAUCUUUGCUGCCAAGAAGGAGAAGUACGCUCCAUCGGAACAACGUAAAGCCGAUCAGGUAGCUGUCGAUAAAUCUGUGAAAUCUGCAGUGAGUCAACACAAGGAUAAGAAGUUGCUGUUCAACUAUUUGAGAAGCUACUUUGCACUUAGCUCUUCGCAGUAUCCUCAUCGAUUGAAGUUCUAAGCCGCAACGAGUGUUGGACACGAAAAUUUUUACUUGAAAAUUUGAUGAAUGUAACGGUUUGUCAAUAAACAGGAAAACAAAAAA